GAUGGAAUAGAGCCACUGCUGCGCGCGACUCUCGGACUACCACAGCGAGCCCGCAGUCAACAAUAUACUAUGCUAGGCAAAAAAAACAUGGAGCUUGUUGACAACAUGCAUCGGGCGCAGGUGGUGUGCAGGACAUCGCAUGGGACACGCCCUCCUUUGAAAGCGGGCUCGCUGAGCAGAGUGCAGUCCUUUGCUCUCUAAUCCCAGGGUGCUAGUGCGCCGUUUUCUUUACAUAAUCAUCUAGCAAAAAUGUUCCCUGGAAUGCCUGCGGGCCCCGGUGGCCCUGGUGGUGCGGGUGCUUUCGAUUUCUCUGCCCUGCAGUCGGCGCUGAACGACCCCUCGAUCAAGCAGAUGGCUGAGCAGAUCGCCAACGACCCCUCAUUCAAGGAGAUCGCGAAGCAGAUGCAAGAGAGCUUCGGCGCGAUGAUGGGUGGUAUGCCCCCUCCAGGCGGUGCGCCGGGCGGCGAUGCGCGCGCCGCUGGCGCCCUCCCUGGCGGGAUGCCUGGUAUGCCCGGCAUGCCCGGUAUGCCUGGUAUGCCCGGUAUGCCUGGUGGCAUGCCUGGUGGCAUGCCUGGCAUGAUGCCCGGCAUGAUGCCGCCCGGCUUCGACCCCUCCAAGUACAUGGAGGCGAUGCAGGGCAUGUUCCAGAACCCCAGCUUCAUGCAGAUGGCGGAGAAGCUGGGCAAGUCCAUCAUCGAGGCCGACCCCAACAUGGCCAACAUGAUGAAGGCGAUGCAGGACCCCGACUACAAGACCAAGGUGGAGGACGCGCUCAAGGGGCUCAAGGAUGACCCCGAGCUCAAGCCCAUCCUGGAGGAGCUGGAGAGCCAGGGCCCCGCAGCCAUGAUGAAGAUGUGGAACAACCCCGAGGUGCUUGGCAAGCUGGGCAAGGCCAUGGGCGGCGUGUUCGACUUUGAGGGCGCGCUGGAGGCGGGCGAGGCCGGCGAGGGCGAGGAGGAGGAGGACGGCGAGGUGGAGGAGACCGUGCACGGCGCGGCCAGCGCCGGCGACGUGGAGCUGCUGAAGAAGCUGCUCGCAGAGGGCGCCAACGCGGACGAGGCGGACGAGGAGGGCCGCACCGCGCUGCACUUCGCGGCCGGCUACGGCGAGCUGGAGUGCGUGCGCAUGCUCAUUGACGCCAAGGCCAAGCUGGACGCGGUGGACACCAACCAGAACACGGCGCUGCACUACGCCGCCGGCUACGGUCAGGCGGAGAGCGUCAAGAUCCUGCUGUCCAGCGGUGCCGACCGCACCAGCAAGAACCUGGACGGCAAGACGGCGCUGGAGGUGGCGGAGCUGAACGAGCAGGCCGACGUCAUCGCCGCGCUCAAGGAGGAGGUCAAGGAGGAGGCCAAGGAGGAGGCCAAGUAAACUGCUUGAUCUGGCGGACGGAGCUGUAGCUGUAGCUGUAGCUGGAGUCUCGCGAGGACCCCGGGCACAGCAACAGCAGGAGCACCGCGGAGCGAGCGGGGCGCAGCUGCUGGACAGCUGCUGUUUGGCGGCCUGGACCGUGUGGCGCGUGCUGACUAAACGCGGCGGGGGCCUGCGGCAUGCGGCUUGAACUAACGGGCUGGCCGGCAGCCCUAAGGCCGGAUGGCAGGGACAGGCUGGUGACGAAUGACGAUGCGUAUGGCAUUGGACACACCACGGCGGCAUGGCGCCGCUGCGGUCCUCUGACACCGCGUGACUGAUGAUGACGCGUGGGGAGCAAGGCUCACUGACGGAUCGUUGACUGUUGGUUUGGUCUCACCGGACUCAACGUAAGAGCAGCGGCUGUGACUCCUGCGGAGGCGGCAGUCGAGUGUUCUCGAGUAGCGAGUGACAAUGAUGUGUGUUGCGUGCCGUUUGGAUGGGGAGGGAGAGCUGGGGUGUGCACACGCUGUGUGAUACCGGUGUUGCAGCUGAGAGCCUGUGAGCUAAGUGCUAAGCACUGAGCAGCGGGGGAUGAGGCAAAGGUAUGUCUUCGCCGGCCUCUCCACCAUACCUGCCGUGCGUGUCUGUGUGGAUUGAGGGCUCGGGCGCAACAGACGAACCCGGUUGCCCCCAUAAAGCCCCCAAGCAAUGUAAAACUGAAGUAGA